CCGAAGGGUUAAAUUCAACAUUCUCUCUGGAACUUCAAUGUCGUGCCCUCACGUGAGCGGCGUCGCGGCUCUGAUCAAAUCGAAGCAUCCCGAUUGGAGCCCGUCGGCGAUCAAAUCGGCGCUCAUGACCACCGCGUAUGUCCAUGACAACACGUAUAAUCCUCUCAAAGAUGCCUCCGUCUCCUCGCCGUCGAGUCCGUACGACCAUGGCGCCGGCCACAUAAACCCUAGAAAAGCCCUCGACCCUGGGUUGGUUUACGAAAUCCAGCCGCAAGAUUACUUCGAAUUCCUCUGUACGCAGGAUUUAACCCCUUCUCAGCUCAAAGUCUUCUCCAAAUAUACGAACAGAUCCUGCCAUGGCCUUCUCCGCAACCCUGGAGAUUUGAAUUACCCGGCGAUCUCCGCCGUUUUCCCUGAGAAAACCUCCAUCACUUCCCUGACCCUUCACAGAACCGUCACCAACGUCGGCCACGCAGCGUCCAGCUACCGCGCGGUGGUCAGUCCGUUCAAGGGCGCCGCCGUGAAAGUUGAGCCGGAGAAUCUGAACUUCACGAGGAGAUAUCAGAAGCUGUCUUACAAAAUCACUUUUGUGACAAAGAAGAGGCAGAGUAUGCCGGAAUUUGGAGGGCUGAUCUGGAAAGAUGGAACUAACAGAGUGAGAAGCCCCAUCGUCAUCACUUGGUUGUCGUUUGUUUGAAUUUCUCUGCCUCGUUUUCUUUUCUUUCUUCAGAUUUUCAAUCAUCAAAAUGGUUUAUUAUGCCUACGCACUUCAACUUCCUCAUUUUGUUAGAACCAUAUGUUGCAGCACUCAAAACACAGGAGACUUCAAUUUUCUGAUUC